AUGCUUCCACUGCUCUUGAUAUGUGCUCUUCUAGCACAACAGACACCAGCAUUCCCUAGUCAGCAUAGGGUCAACGAGAGACAUUUGCCAUAUCUCCUCCGUGCUGGCAGGGACUCUCGCAGCGGGACCUACCAUAUCCCCAGCACUGUACAAAAUGGAACUAGCAAGGCUCGGUUUGACAUUCCUACGCCAGAGACCACUCUUGAUAAAGAAUCAAUUUCCAGGUUAGAUGCACCCCAGAUAGAUUCAAUCAAUGGCACCGUGUUCGAAUGGUGGUAUUUCGAUGCCGUCUCGGAGACCAACCCCGAUGAGUCCCUAGUCGUCACAUUCUUCUCCUCAUCCGCGGAAGGGUUUCCAUUCCUCGAUGCAAAUGAGACCUCCGUGCUCAAUGUUUGGUUAUGGGCUUCGUUCGCCAACGGCACCGUCUUUGCCGAUUCUGUCCCGGCGACCGUGGCGACCGUGACUGGCGUCGACGGCGCGGGCACCAAUAGCUCUGGCGAGUGGGCCUCGACGGGAUUUAGCUGGGCUGCUCUCACAGAGAAUCUAUCGCAGUAUGAGAUUAUUGUCGCGUCGGAGAAGCUUCAGGUCGAAGGGCGGUUUACCUUGACUUCGCGAGCACCGUAUAAUCUGCCCUGUGGAAUUCAAGAGGGCCAGACUGUUAUUGAGAUUGCACCUCAUAUCGGAUGGAUCAAUCUCAUACCCGACGCCAUGGGUGAGGUCGACAUGCAGAUCCAUGGGUCGACGCUGAAGUUCCGAGGGCCUGGGUACCAUGACAAAAAUUGGUCUGAUCAACCUUUUACAGACUCUGUCCAGAGCUGGUACUGGGGUCACGGCCGUCUAGGUCCAUAUUCGAUCGUAUGGUUCAGUUAUCUCGCCAUGAAUGACCCAAGCAACGCCACUUAUGUGAGCAGCUACAUUGCCAAAGAUGGGGAGCUGCUUAUAUCCGCCUGUGACCCCGCUAUUCUCACCGUGAGACCGAUGGGUAGUCCGGAGACUACUGGUGGGCGAUAUCCGCCUCGGAUAGGUGAUAUACCGGAAGGAUUCCGACUGAAAUAUGAUCUGGGAGAGGGAAAUGGUCAGUUGGAAAUUAAUGUCUCAGUAAGAAUGGUGGUCGCGGGGAAUGGGAAAGAUUAUAUGAGAUGGACGGGAGACAUGGUUGGGGAGGUAAUUGAGUCUGAAAGCCAGCGUCCAAUGGGGGCCGGAGGUGGUGACCCGAAGGAACGUGAUGUACGAUCAUCUUCAUCUUCAUGUCUCGUUGGUGUUGCGGUUUUGGAGCAAUUUGUCAUGGUGGAUGAUGCCGAAAAUGAGCAUUAUCAAAGAAUAUUAUAA